GUCAAAUCAUCUUUAAGACAUUAUAUUGUCAACGGCGGCAUGGUAGACGUCGAGUUCUUGGAUGAUGACUAUUCAGGCGAAAUCGAUAUCGACGUCGAUACCCUAACGGCCCUGGGUUUCGGUCUGAUCAAUGCUAUCCUUGAGCACGAACCGACCGACACUAUCAAGAUCUGGAUCGACCAAGGCGCGCCGCUAUGGUUCCAAGACGAGGAUGGGACGUCACCUUUGCACGCCGCAGCAUACGUACAGAACAGCCAGCUAGUCAAACUUCUCAUUGACGAGGGUGCAGUAUGGAAUGCAGUUGACAACCUCGAGAAUACCGCAGGCGACAUUGCUCUGUCUUGGAAUGAUGGUGCUUCGUAUAAUCUCAUUCGUGAUGCGGGAAUACGCUCAGAAAUGUUAUUAUCCCUGCUUUCCUCGAAAUCUUCCCUGAAAGAUACCCCGUCCUCUCUCAUCCUUCGCCAGACAGAUGGUUCGGCAGCUGGCUCUAGCGAUGCAUUUCUAUCUUCGGAGCUACGGUUCACCACUGAUGAACGCGGCCAGGAUAUUUGCAUCGUAAAAGCAGAUGAGGAUGAAGUUGGCGUGAUGAUGGGAUGGGAGCGAGAUAUCAUGCGCGAAACGGUGCAAAGAAUGUCUACGCAGGAGAACCUCGAAAAGGGUCUGAAGGUGAUGAAUGUAGGCUUUGGGCUUGGAAUCAUUGAUUCCAUGUUUCAGUCCAUGCCAACCCCGCCAUCGAUUCACGUCAUCAUCGAGCCACACCCAGAUGUCUUGAAGUUCAUGAAGGCCAAAGGGUGGCACGAAAAGAAAGGCGUCAUCAUCGUAGAGGGUAAGUGGCAAGAUGCCAUCGGAGACCCUCGAAUUCUAGGGAUAGGAGGAUUCGACGCUGUUUACACCGACACGUUUUCAGAGAGCUACGAGGACCUCCAUACGUUUUUCAAACAUGUCCCCGGUCUGCUCUCAGGCCCCACAUCUAUAUUUAGCUUCUUCAACGGUCUCGGAGCAACGAAUGCCCUGUUCUACGAUGUAUACACGCGCUUGUCCGACAUGCAUCUGUCUGAGGUUGGCCUCGAGGUGGAAUGGGACGAUGUCGAUGUCAACAUGUACAACAAGGAUGGUGACGGUGCGGAAAGAUGGGGUCAGACCAGACAGUACUUUACUCUCCCCACGUAUCGCCUCCCGUGUGCCAGAAUGAAGCACCUUUGAUGGUGCGGAGUCAUGGUCCAUUCCGAUAAAAGAAAUUCAGGCC